AAUGACAUCAAGAAACUUGUCAUUUAAACUAUUAAUUGUACUACUUUGCAGUAUACUUAUUGCAAAUUCCAUCUAUUGUAAAUCCUACAAUCCAUUUACUAAACCGCGUGCUAAAAGAUUAUCAUCUCUUCCAUCAACAGUUUCAGGACGUAAAGUUUAUGGAUUUGGUUCAAAUGCUGCUGGUCAAUUAGGACAAGAAAAUUACUACAUUCCACAAGCUAUUGAUACUUUCAAAGGAAAGAAUGUUUCUUUUGUUUGCGCUCAACAAGAUGAUUCUGGUUCAAAUGUUAGAGUUUUCUUUGUUGUAUCCGAAACUACAGGAGAAAGUAAAUUAUAUGGAAUGGGUUCAAGUACAAACACACUCUCAUCAACUGUUAAUUAUUUAUUAGGUUUGAAUACUACUUCUAGUUUCACAGUUCCACAAUUGAUUGCUUCCUACAGUGUUGGUAUUAAAUCAUUGGCCUGUGGUACUGAACAUGUUAUCUAUCUUUUGAAUAAUGGAAAUUCGGAUCUUUAUGGUUUUGGUAAUAACAAUUAUCAACAACUUGGUAAAGGUUUUGAUUAUUUGGUUGCUCCAACUAAUCUCACAAUUAUGGAUAGUGUGCCAACUCUCAAAUUAGCCAAAGUAUUUGCAUUUGGAUAUUCUUCAUUUGGUAUUCAAAUUAGUACUAAUUUAUUAUAUGGAUGGGGUGAUAAUGCAUUCCAAAAGAUGGGUAUUACUGAUUAUAUUGUUCAAGCUCCAACACUUUUAGGUACUUCCUAUUAUACUACAGUUCAAAAAGUUGUUGGUUAUUCUCGUUCCAUGUUUGUUUUGACAACUGAUGGUAAACUCUUUGCUGGUGGUUCAAAUGAUGAAGGUGUUUUGGGUAUUAAUGGUACUUCUAUCACUCAACAAGCUACUCCAGUUCAAGUUCAAUUGAAUGGUGAAACUGUUUUAGAUAUUUCAGUUUACAAAUUGGGUGCUUUGGCUUCAACUAAUCAAAACAAGGUAUAUUUCUGGGGUAAGAAUGAUAUGGCUUCAUUCUGUACUUCAACUACUAGCUCAUAUUAUCCAGUUCAAGUUUCAUCUGCUUUAUUCUCACCUUCUUUAUCUACAACUAUUACUCAAAUUACCACUGCUUAUCAACAUUCUGUUUUAUUGACAUCUUCUGGUGAUGUUUAUGUUUGUGGUGACAAUUCUGAAGGUCAAUUGGGUUUAAAUCCAUGGUCUUCUUCAGUUACUGGAGCUGUUAAGAGUUCAACAACUGUUCCAAGUGGAAAAACUGCCUCAUACAUUUUAGCAGUUUCCUCAAAGAAUACUUUCGUAUUAACUACUGAUAAUGGUGUUUAUAGUAUGGGUAAGAUUUCCACAACUGGUGAUCAAGUUUACUAUACUUCUCCAACUGUUUUGAGUACCAUUGCAUCAAAUGUUCAAUUUGAUCAUGUUUAUGCUAGUAAUGGUGUUUCAUUUGCUACUGAAUAUUUGACUGGUAAGACUUGGGCAUGGGGUAGUAAUAGAUCUCCAUACAAUUUCUUAAAUCCAAACAUUUAUAUUGAUCAACAAGUUCCACGUGCUAUUCCUGAAUUGAAUUCUUACAAUGUUACUGGUAUUUCAAUUGGUUAUGGUACUUAUUCAUCAAAAGUACAAACAACUGUCUUUUUCAUGACCAAUGUUUCAACUCUCGUUCUUGCCAUGGGUAGUAACUCAAAUGGUCAAAUGGGUCUUGGUACUGGAACAUCAACUUCAAACGUUACACUCAUUCCACGUACUAUUCAAUAUGAAAACGGUACCAUUGUCAUUGAAUCAGUUUCAUGUGGUGCCAUUCACACAAUUAUGAAAGCUAGAAGAACUACAGCAACUACCAUGUCACUUUUCGUUAUGGGUGGUAACAGUAGAGGUCAAAUUGCUAACGUUGAAAAGGAAGCUCCAAUUCGUUUGUCAACCAAUACUGUCGUUAUGGCUGCUGCUGGUCCAUUCCAUUCAACUUAUGUUUCAUAUGAAUCAAAGGGUGGUUCUGGUACUACAAGAACUUAUUUCAAUAGAGUUUAUGGUACUGGUGAUAGUACUUAUGGUCAAUUAGGUUUCGGUGCUUUGACUGCUAGUUCAAGUUUCCGUGAAAUUGGUAAUGUGAAUAGUAAUUCUAACAGUAAUUCUGUUGGUACAUUUACAAACAUUACAACAAUUACUAACAUUAUUACAAGUGCUGACUCUACAUUUAUUGUAACAAGUGUUGGUGUUUAUGUUGUUGGUGAUAAUACUUAUGGUCAAUUGGGUUUAGAUCCAAAUCUCAAUGGUUCUAGAAUUACUACACCAGUUUUGAAUCCAAGUAUUCCAAUUACUGCUGUCAAGAUUGUUAUUUCUCAACCUGAUGGUUAUUAUGCUGGUUUCUUAACAGCUAGUGGUGCAGUUUACAUGUUUGGUUUGAAUGAUAAGGGUCAAUUGGGUUUAGGUCAUCAAAAUAAUGUUUAUACUCCAACUAAGGUUCCAAUUCCAAAUGGAGAACUUGCCAUUGAUGUUGCUUUAGGUACAGAACAUUCAUUAAUCAUUACAGGUACUAAACCAUGUCCUGGAGAUUGUAACUAUAAGGGUACUUGUGAUCCAGUUACAGGUUUCUGUACAUGUGAAGAUUCAUUCACUGGAUUUGAUUGUGAUUUGUACAAUUGUGUUGAUCCAAAAUGUAAUGGUCAUGGUACUUGUGAUACUUCAAUUGGUAUUUGUACUUGUGAUGAUUCUUACUCUGGUGUCAGUUGUGAACGUAGAAAAUGUCCAAAUGAUUGUAAUGGUAAUGGAUUAUGUUCAAGUGAAGGUGUUUGUCAAUGUUUCACUGGUUACACUCAAAAGAUUGAUUGUGCUACUCCAGAUGCUGGUUUGAAAUCUUUUGAUGCCAAGUCAAUUGUCACUUUAAUUCUUAUUGCAUUAUCUGUUGUUUUAUUAUUUACAAAUAGAAAUUAAUAGUAUACUACAUACCAGUGUAUUAUGAAUAUGGAAUAGAUUUAUUCAUUUUUGUAUCCCUUUUUUAUAUAUUUAAGAAAUUUAGAAUAUUAUUGUAUCAUCAUUAAAAAUUAUAGUUUAAUUC